AUGGAGGAAGGAUCCCCUGGUGUCUUUCCCAAGCUUUCUCGUGUGACGAAGAGGAUUCGGGCUGCUGCAGAUUGCGAUUCUGAGUACGAUGUGGAGUCGGGUUCCAAUCUCAUUUCGAUGCAGGGGUUGAUGCAAGCAACUAAGAUGGAUCUGAUGCCAGAGUCUGAGCAUAUUUCUAGGCCAACGGCUGAUCUGGGUUUGAAUGAUGAGGAUGAUGUGUUCAUUUCUCGUGGUGAGCGUGGGCCGAGUAUACAGUUCUCUGAUCGUCCUAUGGCUCGAUUUUGUGAACCUUGGAAAAAUGCUUUGAUCGUUAAGCUCCUUGGUCGCUCUCAUACUUAUAACUAUCUUCAUGAUCGCUUAGCUCAGAAAUGGAGUUUGGUGGGAGGGUGGAAGCUUAUUGACUUGGUGAAUGAUUAUUUUGUUGUGAGAUUUGAUCUGGAAGAGGACUUAAAUUUUGUGUUGACUGGAGGGCCUUGGAUGAUUGCGGGGCAAUACUUAACCAUACAACAAUGGCGGCCUGGUUUCUGCCCUUCUACUGCACACAUCACAAGAAUGGCUGCUUGGAUUCGAGUAUCUGCCAUGCAACUUGAAUGUUUUGAUGUUUGGUCUCUUAAGAGGAUUGGCAACCUUCUUGGGGUAAGUUUGCUCGUUUAUGUGUGGGAGUUGGAUCUAACUAAACCCCUUGAUGCCUUUGUGCAAAUAAAUCAGAACUGGUACAAUAUUGAGUAUGAGGGAUUACCUGAUAUUUGCUAUCUAUGUGGGUGUUAUGGUCAUAAAAGGGAGAGUUGUACUCUGAAAUCUGUGAAUUUGUCCGAUGAGGCUGGGAAAGCUCAAGGUGCAGGAGUGGGACCUAUGAAUCAUGACUCUGUUGGGGUUACAGAAACUGUGAAGAUGGCUGAGGAUAGCUUGCGAGGCCCUUGGAUGAAUGUGCAAUCUAGAAGGCGACCAAAACUAUUCAUAAGGAUGUUCCUGGGCAGGGUUCUGGUGGAAAGAAACAAAGGGGUCUCGUUUUGA